GAGCGGGGCCGUCCCGCCGCCAUCUUGGGCCGGCUCCGGGGGCUGCGGCGGCGGCGGCGGCGGAGCGGGUCCCUCCAUGGGAAGAUGCAGCGGGCGGGGGCGGAGGAGGCGGCGGGGUCGCAGGCGGCGGCGGGGGGGCCCGGGCGGAGCGGGGCCGAGGUGGCGGCGGCCCCCGCUGGGCGGCUCCUGAGGCGGGAGCUGCGGCUGCUCGAGUCCAUCUUCCACCGGGGCCACGAGCGGUUCCGCAUCGGCAGCGCCUGCCCCGACGAGAUCAGCUGCGAGUUCGUCCCGGGGGCCGGAGCCCGCGCCGGUGCCUCCGGUUCCCGGGGGCCGCCGCCGGGGCCCGUCCGCAUCCACUGCAACAUCACGGAGUCUUAUCCAGCUGUUCCCCCAAUAUGGUCUGUGGAAUCGGACGAUCCAAACCUGGCAGCUAUCCUGGAGAGGCUGGUGGAAGUCAGGAAAGGAAACACGCUGCUUUUGCAGCACCUGAAGCGAAUAAUCUCUGACCUGUGCAAACUCUACAACCUCCCCCAACAUCCAGAUGUUGAAAUGCUGGACCAGCCUCUGCCGGCAGAACAGAGCACACAGGAAGAGGUGUCCUCUGAAGAGGAAGAUGAAGAGAUGCCAGAGGACACUGAGGACUUGGACCACUAUGAGAUGAAGGAGGAAGAGCCGGCAGAUGGGAAGAAGACAGAGGAUGAAGGCAUUGGGAAGGAAAACCUGGCCAUUUUAGAGAAAAUAAAAAAGAACCAGAGGCAAGAUUACUUAAAUGGUGCAGUGUCUGGGUCUGUGCAGGCCACUGACCGGCUAAUGAAGGAGCUCAGGGAUAUUUACCGAUCACCAAGUUUCAAGGGCGGAUACUAUGCAGUUGAACUAGUGAACGACAGCCUGUACGAUUGGAACGUCAAACUCCUGAAGGUUGACGAGGACAGCGCUUUGCACAAUGAUCUCCAGAUCCUCAAAGAGAAAGAAGGAACAGAUUUCAUCCUCCUAAACUUCUCCUUUAAAGAUAACUUUCCUUUUGAUCCACCGUUUGUAAGGGUCGUGUCGCCGGUGCUGUCAGGGGGGUAUGUUCUGGGUGGCGGUGCCAUCUGCAUGGAGCUACUUACAAAACAGGGCUGGAGCAGCGCGUACUCCAUCGAGUCGGUGAUUAUGCAGAUCAGCGCAACUCUGGUGAAAGGGAAAGCGCGAGUACAAUUUGGAGCCAAUAAGAAUCAGUACAGCCUGACAAGAGCACAGCAGUCCUACAAGUCCCUGGUUCAGAUCCAUGAGAAGAAUGGCUGGUACACACCACCCAAGGAGGACGGCUAGCAUGGAUGCUGCAGGACCAAUCUGAUUAUCUUCUGGAUGCUCUACUUGGAUCUAAACGAUGCCUCUUGGCUUUCUCCCAGGAUGUAAUAGCUUUGCCUGUUGCAGGACAAUAAUGGCUGUUAAAAACUCUAAAUAAAACUGUGUAAGCAGUUGGACUGACCUAAAACACUUGCUGGACCCUUGCUAGCAGGCAUUCUUGUUAAAACAAACUUUUGAGCCUCUUGUAUCGCUGGAAACUUUUGACUCUACUCCAGUCUAGAGCGUCCUCCUUACCUAUGCUAUGAAUUUAAUUUAUUUUCUUAUUUCAUGUACACUGCUUUUUUUUGUUACAGUGUAUGAUGGAUGUGUAUGGAAAAUGUAUCUUUGGAGAAAAAUUACAGUUUGUUAAUUUGAA